GGGGGCCGGCGACCCACUGUGCAGGCACUGUGGGAGCUGGAAACCUUGGACCGCUUCCCAGCGAAGUGCUGCAGAGGAGUGGCCCAGCGUGAGGGGCCGGGGCACUGGCCAACCCCUGGGACCUUCCCUCUCGGCGCCGACCGCGCAGGGCUGGAGCAUCCGCGGAGACCCGGGCACUGCUGACUGCGGGCCGGCUUACCGGUUCUCCGAAGCUCCCACUGCCCGGCGCUCGCCGCAGACACCGCGGCGAGAUGGCCGCGCGUGUCGGCCUCCUGCUGCGCGCCCUGCAGCUGCUGCUGUGGGGCGGCCUAGACGCCCAGCUCGCGGAGCGCGUAGGCCAGGAGCUGCGCAGGGAGGCAGAGGCAUUUCUGGAGAAGUAUGGAUAUCUCAGUGAGCAGGUCCCCAAAGCUCCCACGUCCACACAAUUCAGCAAUGCCAUCAGGGAGUUCCAGUGGGUGUCCCAUCUGCCCAUCAGUGGCAUGCUGGACCCCGCCACCCUUCGUCAGAUGACCCGGCCCCGCUGCGGGGUGGCAGACACUGAUAGCCAGGCAGUCUGGACGGAGAGGGUCAGUGCCCUGUUUGCUGGACAGCAGGCCAAAAUGAGGCGCAAGAAACGCUUUACAAAGCAAGGCAACAAGUGGUACAAGCAGCACCUCUCCUACCGCCUGGUGAAUUGGCCCCAGCACCUGCCUGAGCCGGCAGUUCGGGGAGCUGUGCAUGCCGCCUUCCAGCUGUGGAGCAACGUCUCGGCGCUGGAGUUCUGGGAGGCCCCAGCCACAGGCCCUGCUGACAUCCGCCUCACCUUCUUCCAAGGGGACCACAAUGAUGGGCUGAGCAACGCCUUUGACGGCCCAGGGGGCGCCCUGGCGCACGCCUUCCUUCCCCGCCGAGGCGAAGCGCACUUCGACCGAGAGGAGCACUGGUCCCUGAGCCGCCGCCGCGGGCGCAACCUGUUCGUGGUGCUGGCGCACGAGAUCGGCCACACGCUCGGCCUUACCCACUCGCCCGCGCCGCGCGCGCUCAUGGCGCCCUACUACAAGAGGCUGGGCCGCGACGCGCUUCUUAGCUGGGACGACGUGCUGGCCGUGCAGAGCCUGUAUGACGGGCAACAGCGACUGUACAUUUUCCAAGGGAGCCAUUUCUGGGAGGUGGCAGCUGAUGGCAAUGUCUCAGAUCCCCGUCCACUGCAGGAAAGGUGGGCAGGGCUGCCCCCCCACAUUGAGGCUGCCGCAGUGUCAUUGGAGGAUGGAGACUUCUAUUUCUUCAAAGGGAGUCGAUGCUGGAGGUUUCGGGGCCCCAAGCCAGUGUGGGGCUCGCCACAGCUGUGCCGGGCAGGGGGGCUGCCCCGCCACCCUGAUGCGGCCCUCUUCUUCCCUCCUCUGAGCCGCCUUGCCCUCUUCAAGGGUGCCCGCUACUACGUGCUGGCCCGAGAGGGACUGCAGGUGGAGCCCUACUACCCCCGGGGCCUACAGGACUGGGGGGGUAUCCCUGAAGAGGUCAGCGGCGCCCUGCCCCGACCAGACGGCUCCAUCAUCUUCUUCAGAGAUGACCGCUACUGGCGCCUUGACCAGGCCAAACUGCGGGUGACUGCCUCCGGCCGCUGGGCCGCAGAGCUGCCCUGGAUGGGCUGCUGGCACGCCAACUCAGGGGGCGCCCUGUUCUGAAGGCACCACCACCUCUUAGUGAACUGUUGGUGCCCUCAAGGUCAACAUGUAUCGCCUGCCCCAGGGGCAGAAACUGUCUUGGAAGCCUCUCUGCCUCUCUGCUGAAGACCCAGCACAGAAGUUUGUGUUUGUUCCCUGGAGAACAUGGCAUUGUCUCUGCUGUCCCCCCACGACAUGGAGGUGGGGCUGGGAUCAAUCCAAGGAGAAGCCAGAAAGGGUCCCAGACCUUUUCCUCAAGGACUCGUUCCUCCCCAAGCCUUGGGGAUUUUUUUCUUCCACUAAAGGUGCAUUUCUUGUCUGUAAGGCUGAAGCACUGGGCAACCAGGGGCUGUGCAAAUCUCAAGGGAGAGGUUGGGACCACUUUGCAAGACUGUUGCCUUACCCUCAGGAGCUCCUGGCUCAGGCUUUGGAGGAGAAUUGUGUCAUAUUUAAUCAGAGGCUCCACUCAGGAAGCCUGGAUAGGCUGGUACGAGGGUCUCCAACCUCAGAGGCCCUGAGGGGGAUUGAGACCCAGAGCAAGAGGGAAACCGAUGCAGGCCUGCUGGGCCCUGGCUUUUUGUGGGAGGCUGGAAUAAAGAGGUGUCCCCAGUGGUGAGCCGGGGGCACACAUCAGCCUUCCUUGGAAUGGUUUCCAGUGAGAAU